AUGGAUGUGUCCAUGGCGGAGACCGCUGCAAAGCCUGUGCGGUCCCAAUUGCGACCAAAGAGUAGCAAAUCAAAUAGUAAAAUCGUCAGCGAUGCAAGUGUACAGUCUGCAUCAUCGCAGCGAAAGCAGAAGCCGCAGAAUUGGCAGCCAAAAGUGACAUCCACUGCCUCUAUAAAUGAUACCAACACUGUUAUGGACACUUUACUGGUUUGUUACCAGGAUACUCCGUGGUAUAAAGCUGGAAACGGUGACCUUGUCUUUGCUCAGUGGUUGUUAAAUCGAUGUUAUGGUGUGGGGGAUACCACGGCGCCGCAGUCAGAAAGUGCGACAAAACGACUAUUUGCACUAUACAAAGUGCAGCGUAAACUACGUCGAGAGCUCGCUUUGGGCUCUAAAAAUGACGAAGCAAGUUUAGACAAAGAUACUCAUGAAGAGGAAGACGAUGAGGAAAACAUGGAUAUUGAAGAUCCAAAUUGGUCGGUUGAGAAGAUUGUGGAGCACGUGGGUGAUGUGCUGCGAGUAUCGAGACGAGAACUGCGAAAGCAAAAACAAUUGGCUGAAAGAAGUAAUACAAAGUUGAAAGGAGGAAUGGAAAGUGUUGUGGUGGCUGAAGUGAUCGACAAUGCUACGGAAUUAAUUCUCAGCAGAGCCAUGGUGGAAGAUGAAACACUGUUGAGAAAUUGGAUGAUGAUAUUGAAAGAGGCUGACGCAUUAAAUGAAGACGAAACAUCGAAAUGUCAUCUUGAAAACUUGCAGAAUGAUCAAAAGACGAUAAAGAAGAAAACGCGCUUGAAAAAAAGCAAGACAAAUCUCGCUGAAGACUUGGCAUGUGAACAAGUGGAAUCAUUCAUCGUAUUUUUAAAACAAUCAGAAAUAGCGCAGUCUCGAGCGAAUGUAACUAGGAGACCCCUGGAAGCAGUUGAUGUGUGGACAGCAGAGUUGCAGCAAAUUGUAGAAAAUUCGGGUAUCAAUCAAGAAGAAGAAGAGCGCCGCAGGCAAGUGGCACUUGACAUUCAGAUGGUACUUCGUCGUGAAAUAACAAAGUGGCGACAUUGUGAAGUUAUUCUAUACGGUAGUUCAUUGACACACUUUGGUUCGCGUCACUCGGAUCUCGACAUGUGUCUUCUUUCAAAUGGUCGAACUGUUGGCAACGCUAUAACUCCCCCGAUGGGAAAGCGUCAGCUACAACGUCUAGUGGAUGGAAAUAUUUGUGAAAGUAGCCAAAUUCCAGCUUCAGAUGCAGAAAUGGUCGAACACUUGCAAAAUCUCUAUACACUGGUACAAAAAAGCAUCAAGAAAUUGACUCAGGCACUUAACUCUUUGGAUCGGUCAAAAAAAAUCAGCGACAAGCAAAUGAAGCAGCGUAAUCAGCUUAAUUUUUUUCAUUCUCAGAUGCGACUCCUUUGCAAAGCUACUGUGGCGAAAUUGACUCAAUAUCAUGGAUCGGUUGAGCCCACUAUGAAUGUCAAUGCAGACGGUAAAUCUGCUCGCCUUCAGUCAAUUAUUGCUGCUGCUAGACGCUGCAGUGAAGACCUAUAUCUUCUUCGUGCUACGCUUGAACGUGCAGCAAAGUGUAAAGUCAGGCAUGUUAUUACCGGCGCUCGUGUCCCUAUCAUUCGAUUUUUACAUACCCGCAGGGGGCAGGAGUAUGAUUGCGACUUGUGCUUUGAAAAUGUUUUGGCCACUCGUAACACGCCACUUUUGCGGGCGUAUGCAGCUUUUGAUGAGCGUGCGCGUAAUCUUGGUCUCGUCGUGAAGCACUGGGCAAAGCAGCGUGGUAUUAGCGACGCAUCCUCGGGAUUUCUCAGCUCGUACUCGUAUGUGCUACUAUGCAUCUACUAUCUCCAAAUCGUGCACGUGCUUCCAAAUUUGCAAGACCCUCAGCUUUUGAAGUCUGCUAACAUCCCACCGGAGUUAUAUAAUGAUGUCAACAUUGCAUUUUGUGAAGAUCGCAGCGUCGCUCAAACCUUCCACAAGCGCACCUUGGAAACGAAUUCAACUUCCAUGGCAUUGACAACACUUUUGGCUGGCUUCUUUGAGUUCUACGCAACCCGAUUCGACUUUGCACGACGUGUUGUGACAAUUCGAUCGCCAGAAAUACUAGCGCUGAAACUUGCACAAUGGGGAAGUCGAAAGUCCAAAACGUGGCGAAUGAGCAUCCAAGACCCGUUGGAGACUGGACGUGAUCUUGGCUGUGUGUUGCAAUUCAAGGGACAAGAAAAAAUCAUUCGCGAGUUUCGUCGGGCGCAUGAAAUGCUAGAGCGUGGUGCAAGCUUUCUAAAUGAAGUUUGUACUGUCGAAAACGCUGUUGAAAAAUCGAGUAAUGUACAACAACCUCAGAAGAAAGAGGUUGCAAGGGCACGUAAGGUUACAAUACGGGAAAACCUGGGUAUUAUCGGAAAGCAGACAAGAGAGACUCGGCAGCAAGAGAUGAAUCCUCAACGAUCCUACAUGCUAGUCCUACAGAGUGCUGACGAAGAUUUGACAAGAAAAACGAUUGAAUUGAUUUUUAGAAGAUUUAAAAAAUCCUUUCGAGUUAUCGAUGUGAAAGAGGUAGAUUCAUCUGAAAGUGUUGCUGAUGGCAACGGAAAUAAGCGAUGGAAAGUCGAGCUGUCAACAAAGGCACUACAAUGUCCGCGUGCGUUGUCUCGAAGAACUCGAAUUGACUGGACGACGUCUGAUGGGCGUGUGAGUCGAGUAUGGGUUCAUCAUCAAGCUUUAUUUGCAACUCCACCGUGUCAGAACUGUCUGUCACCAGAGCAUGCAACGAGUAAGUGUCCAAUAAACGACGACGAAGGUUGCAGUAGAGGGGAAAACAGAGUACGACUAGAACAUGUUCAACGCCAUAUUCUCUCCCUAAAUUUAAGUGAGCCCCGUUCAAGCGAACCUGCAAAAAAGAGUAGUCGACGUCACAUACAGGAAUUGAAGAAUGGAGCUUUACACACUAACGGUGAGACCGAAAAAAAAAUUUCCAAACGAAACAGUAGCAACAAUCCCAUACGUCGAGCGAAAAAGAAAACAAAUGGCGAUGCAAAAGCUGAAGUGGUGGUAGAGAACCUUGUGCGUCGCGUAGAUAUUGCGGAAAGCGUGACAGUGUCAUCAAAGGCAUGUGUCGAAACGAAAAUUGACGCUCAGACUAAGAAGGUGACUCCAAAAACCAAGAAGUGGCGACAGCGACCUUUGAGUAAAAAAGAUCAUUCGAAGAGAGACUGCAACCAAUAA